UGUGGAAUCCGUGCCUUUGCCGCGCUUCGCUGUGGAAACACACGGUUUCAGGACCUUAAAACAUCUAAGGACAGUAUGUCUGAAAAGCAGAAAAUUAAGAGGAGAAGCACAGAAGGUCGUGGAGCUGUUGUUGCUCUUCCAAGUGCAGAUAAGAUAGUGAAAGAAAUCUGUGAUUCAUACAAAGCUCUAGGAAAAAAUAGCCAAAAAACAUCAACGAGCAGACUGUGGCCAGAUAAACAAGGGGCACAUUGUCAAAGUAAAAAGCAGUUAACAUUACAGAUGGGACAACACACCUCUCUACCUUUCCUGCUGAAGAAAGAGAUCAUAAGGCAUGGCUUUGACUUCAGCUUUCUGCUACAGGUCUCAUGCCCAGAAUCCAACAUUCCAAAAUCUUUUAAGGAUAUGCAACAAAGGUUUAAUAUAGCAAUACUGGAAAACAGGAACAAGAAGUCUGAGUUCCAUUUGCCACCAGUGACACUUCAGCCUGUAAGAACAAUUCACCUUGCUCCUCUAGAUGAUAUUUUCAUCAAUAAGCACACCAAGAUCAGAAAUAUUUUGAAUAUUAUGAAGUCUAUUUCUCAGCCUAUAAAAUCAGCUGCUAAAUUUUAUCAGUAUCACUUAGGCAAUAUAGUAAUAAGACAAGCUGAAAAGUCUUCAGGUGUAAUUGUGGCUACUGUUUCUGAGAAGUUCACUCCAACAGAAGGCCUGUACUGCUUCAGCAAGAAUAAAUAUUAUGAGUACCCUAACAAUAAGAAAGAAGAAAUUGAAAACAAUUUGGAAUGGACAGAAGCUGAGGUAGCUGCCAAUACUGAAAAGAGGGACUGGAAGAAGUCCCAGUUUUCAGUGGCUUGUGAAAAUGUAGAUAUUAUGACCAAAGACAGUUUUUGUGAUGCUUGUCUUUUUUACCUGAGCUCAAAUAAUGUUGUGAAAAACUGUGGACUAUUUACAGCUCUGUGUCCUGUGUCAAAAAACACAGAUAUUUUAAGAGCUGGUGAGAAGGAAGAAAGAGAGGAGAAUUCCUAUAGAACUGGUAUAGAAGAAGACAUUACGGACAUAAUACUGCACUGUAGACCAUGUGAAGAUGCUGAGAGUGUACCCUUCAUGCUUGGUGAUUGUAAUUUAGAUUCUUCACGAAAAAAUGAAGUGAGUGAGUCCUGCCAUGUCUUGGAAGAUAAUUCUGUAGCUGCAGUAAUUCCUGGAGAAGAACUGCAUGAUUGUUCUGGAAAACAAACAGAAAAUAAUAUUUGUCUUCUCAAGUUUGAAAUGGAGAAUAAAGCAAUGUCAGAAGUGACUGCAAAAGGUCAAAAUGAGCUUGUUCCUGUUGUCCACGUUACUUUCUCUGAACAAGAACUACUUAGGAAACCACGCAUUGCUAAACAUCCUGCCAGAAAAAGGAGUACUGUUCGUAGCCUGCCUCCUCAUAUCAGUCAGAGCUUCAACAUUCUUGCUCGCAAAGACAAUGACAAAAGUGAGAUAAAGUUGAAUAGAAACAAGUGUUCAUCAAAAUCUAAAAUGAGUAGCAAGACAAGGACACCUGAAGGCUUAGUUAUUUCUGAUGAGACUUCCAUAAAACAUAAUACACAAAAGAGGAAUGCCAAGAGGCAGAUUUUUCCAUCUUUGCAACUGCCAUGCAUGGAUUCUGAGACUUUCCUGAAGUGUCAAAAAAAAAAACCUCAAGCCAACAAAUGUAAUUUUCUUCAGAGUUCUCAGAAACUUAAAAAGCAAAGUUCUUCCUGCAGUUGUAAAAAUCUAGUUAUCUCAAAGAAACCUGUUACUCCCCUUUCUCUACAAUAUGCACAAUCUGCUUCAGAGUUUGUACAACUGAAAUACAGUGAUAUGUUCAAGAAAAUAAAUUCAAAUGACAAAGGCCCAGAUGUUUAUGAAAUGUUUGGAACUCCUGUCUACUCCCACGUGCGUGAGCUUGAUCAUCUUGAGAACAGUUUUUACAGAGAUGUUUGUUCUGCUCCACCUGGGGGAUGCACUGCUAGCACCUGCAGUUCUACCUGCAAUAAAAGAAGAGACAGCAGCCGAAUAAGAAAUACUCAAAAGAGAACACAUUCUAAGCCAAAGAAGACCAUAUCUGUCACUAAACAAAAGCAGAAAGGCUUACAUGCAAACAACAAAAGUAUUGAAUUGAGUGGUAGCAACACAGAGCAAGAUAAUGUAAUAUCUUCUGGUCCAGAUUGUCAAAUACAAACUUCAAGUAGCGUGACAUUGUUUCAUGGAGACACAGAUCAUCAGCUUAUAUUUUUAAAAGAGCUUUCAGAAUCAACCAAGCCAAACAAAAUUCUUUCAAAUUCAAAGUUAUCAACUAUUAAAGAAGCCUCUUCAGAGCAGUCUCUAGACAGUCAGGAUCUAUCCAGCCAUCAGAUAGCUGCUUCCUGUAGUCAGGAUCUUCUUCAACUCAGCGAUAAAGUCUACACAGAAUGUGCUGCUCUAAGUAACAAUUUAAUAACAGCAGACCAGAACAUUUGCGUACCCCAGUACAGAGUGGAUAUGAAUGGCUGCAAAAGCCUGGAAUCAGACCAGGCCUCCUUCAAGACUCUAAAUCAAGGAGAAGCAUUGCCCUUUUCAGAUAAACAGGACUGUCAGUUCCUUACAAACAAAUUAAGUCACAGUUGGUCAUACACACCUCAGAACAGUACUUUGGCAAAUGAACUCAGUCAGCCUUCAGUGAUUCAGACAACAAAUGUUACAAGCCCCAGUUUCCAGACAAGUCGAAACAUUUUGUCUUGGGCAGGUAAUAAGGAUGUAACCGAUGAGUUGCUUUGUUGUCUGGCUGCAGAAUUGCUAAUGCUCGAAGACAAAGACAUCAACUCUUCAAGGACAAAAUAUGCAGGUUCUAAAAUGCAGAAUACCUAUACUAAAGAAGAAGGAAACAUAAUGAACAGAGAUGGAGAAAUAGUAAAUAAUGAUCUAGAGAAGAGUUACAGAAAAGCCUUUCUGGCAUCAAGUGAAGAAAGUGGACUGUUGAACUUUGAGGAAUCUACUCAAAUACCAGGAAGCAACUUAAAUAACAAGGAUACCAUCAUGUGGACAAGAGGUGAAGUCCUUGGAAAGGGAGCCUAUGGCACAGUAUACUGCGGUCUGACAAACCAGGGACAAUUAAUAGCUGUAAAGCAGGUUGUUUUGGAUACGUCAGAUCGACUGACUACAGAAAAGGAGUACCAGAAGCUGCAUGAGGAAGUUGAUCUUCUAAAGACAUUGAAGCAUGUCAAUAUUGUAACUUACUUAGGAACUUGUCUGGAGGACAACAUUUUAAAUAUUUUCAUGGAGUUUGUUCCUGGUGGCUCAAUUUCCAGUAUUCUUAAUCGUUUUGGUCCAUUGCCAGAAAUUGUCCUUUGUAAAUACACAAAACAAAUUCUAGAAGGCGUUGCAUAUUUACAUGACAAUUGUGUAGUACAUAGAGAUAUCAAGGGCAAUAAUGUUAUGCUCAUGCCAAAUGGAAUAGUAAAGCUAAUUGACUUUGGCUGUGCCCGGCGUUUAGCUUGGGUCAGCCUCAGCGGCACACACAGCGAGAUGCUCAAGUCUGUGCAUGGGACUCCAUAUUGGAUGGCACCAGAAGUUAUCAAUGAAUCUGGAUAUGGGAGGAAAUCAGACAUCUGGAGCGUUGGCUGCACAGUAUUUGAGAUGGCAACAGGAAAACCACCAUUGGCUUCCAUGGACAGAGUAGCAGCCAUGUUCUACAUCGGCGCUCACAGGGGACUGAUGCCUUCUCUACCUGAUCGAUUCUCCGGAACGGCAGUGGACUUUGUGCAUGCAUGCUUAACCAGAGAUCAACAUGAACGCCCUUCUGCUCUGCAGUUGUUGGACCAUCCCUUUGUGAAAGGAAGGCAGUGAAUUGUUCAGAACUCCUGUCAAGAAUGAUUUUAAAAACCUACCCUGUUUCACUGCUGCAGAAGCAACCAUAAGACAGGGGAUUACUUAAUCAAGAUUUUGAAACAGGACCAGCUGUCUGAUACAACUCCCAAACAGCUACUGACUCCAAGCAAUAACCAAUGUGAAGCAAAAUGUAAACCAAUCAAUAUAAGAAGACUGGAAGGCUGCUGAAGUAGUUGUGAGGAAAAAGAAAGCCACAGGCCUCUGAAUGUAGCUGUUGGUGGACACUUGUUUUAUCUAAAAAGGACUGGAGAAGGCCAAAGCAUAGGUCUUCAGGUCUGACCAGUCCUGGCAGCUUUAUAUUUUUUGGAAGCUGCUAAACCUUGUGAACAGGUCUGUAAAAGACUGAGGUGAAAGUUCAGAAUGUAAAAGUUGCCUGUAGCAUGGCUUGAGUACAGCUGGCAUCUAAGAUUUUUUUUUUCUACACCACUGUACUAAGAUCUAAGUCGUCCUCAAAUUGAUCUCUUCUGCAGACUUCAUAAGCCUGACUUAACCCCACUAUGGUACGUUUGAAGAACUUGACAGUGCAAUUUCCACAGAUGACUAGUAAGGAUCAUGGGUGUUCAAGAUACCUUAUGACCUGCAGAGUAGUGAGAACAAUCUUAAAAAUUCUUGUGAUUCCAUCUUCAGUUCCAAAAGAAGGUUGUAUACCAACACACAAAAAAAGGAAUGAUGGAAGACUUCCCAAGAAGGAAGUAAGGAGAUAGAUUUCUCCCCUUCAAGCUUCACCAGAUGCAGCUAAGAACAGACUGAGUGUGCACCAGAGCUUAAGAGGACACUGUGAUGGUCUCUGACUCUAGGGCAGUUUCACUGCUCAACUAGAAUUCAAGCCAGUGAAGGUAGCUUGGCAUCAGGAACAAAAAUGGUUGCUUUUAUUUUUCUUCUUCCCUUUUUCUCUUCAUCACUGGAGCAUCCUUGGAGUGGGCACUGAAGCUUGCCUUUAUGGAUCCACUGCCCCAGAUUCCUUAGAAGACCUGUGAGAUCCUAAGGAAUGAUGGUCCUGUCUCCUCUUCUCAGUCUCUUGACACUGAGGAAGAAUGGUGCAGAAAACAAACUGAGCCCACACCCAUCCUUGACUACUAUACUGACUAAACCGUAAAGAUGGAACAAUUUUAUGAACCCACGAAACUCUGAAAACAAGAAUGAAUAAUAUCUUACACCUAAGCAGCCUGAGUUAAUAUAUACAAACACACACACACACACACACACACCCAGUCACCCCUUACCAACAAUAAUCUAUUUUGUCUACUAUGACUUUCAGAAGGGUUUCAAUCUUGAGAUGAAUUAAAUUUUUCCUUUAGUUGUAAAUUCAAGCAGAUUAAGUUUAUUAGCACCAGUUCCCACUUACUAGAUCAGCUUCCAAUAGUUUUUUUUCCUGUUUGGAGGGUCUUCUGACAUAGGACUUUGCAGGAACUUUUGAACCUCAUCAACAGAAUAUUAUUUUUUUCAAGGAAAUACCUUACAGAUUAACACAAGUAACAGUGAGAGCAUAAAGCAUGCCACUCUGGAUGCAAGAUAAUAAAAAGUGAUAGAGGGAAUCAGGCAUCUUCUUAGCUCCUUCAUUAAACGUAAGUUUUAGCCAGCUUUUCUGAGGGAGCAGGGCAUUUUCUCCUGACAUGAUAAUUCAGUGCAAAUUACUAAGCCAAAAAGCCUUGUUAAGUCACUCAGGACUUGUUAAGACCUCAGCUAACUUUGCACCCCUGACAGUUAAACAAUCAGUCAAAUUAUCUUCUUCCCUUCCCUCCCCUCUCCCCUCAAAGAGGCUGUAGAAGGUUUUGAUCAUAAUAAUCCUGGAUGAAUUAAUCUCCUUUAAUAUAAGAUGAGCUUACUUUGCCUUCUGGAAUAAUUACCAGAACCACAUGAAGUAACCCUACAUUGCUUUAACUUCUCAAUCAAUCUCUUCAGCAUUAAGGGCUUACCACAGAUAAUGGUUUUCAGUAUACAUUGAAAGUUUCAGGACUGGAUAUCCAAGUCUAUAACCUAUCUACAUUAAAGCAACACUGUCCAAGAAGUAGAUAUUAAGAGAGAAAACUCGAAUCAUAUCACAGUAUCACUGCCAGAAAUCCAUCUUUAUCCACUCAAUACAAACAGCUAACAUUCCACAGUAAUUAUUCUCAAUUAACUUUUAAGCAUACUACAUUUUUCAUAUUUCAUGUUUUAAAUUUAUGGAUUUUUGCCAUGUUUUAAAAAUUACGUAUUCGAGUCUUGUGUUCACAGCCCAUACCACCCCAAGGGGGGGAUAUGCUAACAAGAACUCUGUUGAUGUAUAUACACACAGACACCAAGAAACACACCUACCCAGCUCAGUAGCUUUUCAAGCAACAAUUGUAUUAAAUUCACCUUGCACCAGUUCUUGAGGCACGCAGACUUCCAGCCCUCAGUGAAGUCUUCAGAUUUCAAAAUUUCAUUUAAUUUUGAAUUUUAAGUAUUUUGUUAAACUGCACUAACAUUAAACACUAGCUUUAAAUUUUAAAGUUUUAAUCAUAACCUGUACCUUCAGUGCACAAACUAUGUUAGUACACAAGAGUAGCAGACAGCACACACAGGAAACAGCUGAACUGUAGAGCAGUAUCUACCCCUGACUAAAGGAAAUGAAGUUUACAUAACAGUAUGACUGUAAAACUUCCAUCAGACACACACACGAAUGUGGAAGUCCUGAACUACUCACACUACUGCUUACCACCCCCUCCCUGCUGUGCCCAGACACUGAGAUGAAGUGCAGAGACUCACGCAUCAGUGAGAUGUGCUUAUAUUUAUGUUGACCAACAGCUAAGAAAACUCAAGGCAAAACCUUACAGAACUGCUGAUGCAAUCUAUUAAGACACUAGCUGCAAUUAUGCACUGAGUCACAAAGCUGGGCAGAAAGCAGAGAAUGCUCUAAUAGCAAAGAUUGCGAUAAAUCUACUUUAUAUGCAAAUAGGCUACAUACAACACCAGCUCUCCUCAAAUUCUAGUAAGUUACUUCAAAGUGAGAAAGCAGCUCUUUUUCCCCUUCAAAGAACAACCUUACUUCUAGAAUUACUAGAAAACAGACCCUAGUCAACUUGGUUAUGUUGUACCUACCCUUCUGAUAUUUCACAGGGGGAGGAAGACCUUUGAAGAACUUAAACUUAGCUAUUCUUCACUGAGACAACAGUUGCUGACUAAAGGUCAGCAACUACAAUCUAAUCAUUUCCAAGCAUUUCUUAAAUUAAGGGACAUGUUUUAAAGCAAAAAGCCUAUUCUAGGAGCCUUUUCAAUUGAUUCCCCAAUACCCAUCCCUUAUCUUAUGAUAAGAGAUUAUUUUUUUUUAAAGAUCUGAAGGAAACAGACUUAGGAAUUAAACGCAUGUCAAAGCUCAACAAAAAUACUGAAAAGAUUUCUAGCUAGAGUCCCAUUCAUGAGCUGCAUGCAAGUUAGAAGAUGCACAAAACAAAAACUUAGGAGUUUGUUACCGCCUAAUCUAAAUUAGUACACUACUUUAGAAAAGCAAUUAGUCACAUCAUUAAGUAAUUGCAUGUGAUAGCAGACUUGGUAUGUACUCUGUAUAUCCCACAGCUUGUGAGAUUUGCUAAGGUUGAAAGCUACCAUUAGCCAUUAUUUAACACAAAUUGUAAAACUACUUCAGAGUGAAAAUCAACCCAGAAUUUAGAUUUCAACUAAUAACUGCUUUGUAAUUUGAAAAGACAUGGAACAGAUCACUCAGUCAAAUUUAAUAAGUAAGCAAAAAAUUCAUAAAGGACAGAGAAGUGGACUCUUCAAACUCUAAAUGUUAAGAGCAGGCUUUUAGGAACUAGCUUUAAACAAACUUCGGACAACAUAGUAGAAGAUCAUAUUACACAAAUAACAUCUUCAAAUUUCACUAUUAAGGCAAAAAAAGAGCUUACACAAGGGGAUAUAAG